GGACUGAGGCAGGGUUAGCCCGGCUAGCGCCUAGACAGAUAGCACAGUCAAGUCGCGCACGCCGCGUCGACUACAACAUAAAAGCGAAUCUGUUUCUAUAUCGCAACUUUCAGUAACUGAACAAAUCUGCGCGCGCUUUUAUUAAUAUGUGGCUGACCUUGUUAGUUGGCGCUUUGACCCUGCUGCUGGCCUGGGACUUUGUACGCAAGCGCCACAGCUAUGCCACACUCAGCAGAUCGGGCAUUACGGGUCCCCUCUCGCUGCCUCUGGUCGGUUGUGGCUUCCAAGCGCUGCAACUGGGUGCAGACAAUAUUAUCGACUAUGUCGGUGGCUGCUUCAACAAAUAUGGCAAGACCUUUCGCAUGUGGAUACUCAACGAGUCGCAGGUGUACACGACGCAGCUGGAGCACUUCGAGGCCAUACUGAGCAGCACCACGCUGCUGGAGAAGGGUCAGCUGUACCAGUUCCUGCGCCCCUUCCUCAGCGACGGACUGCUCCUGAGUGUGGGCAGGAAAUGGCACUCGAGGCGCAAGGUCUUUUCCACAGUCUUCCAUUUCAAAAUACUGGAGCACUACGUGGGCAUUAUGGAUAAACAGGCGGCCAUUUUGGUAGACAAUCUGCAGCCAGUGGCCGAUGGAGAGCAGCUGGUAGAUACGCUCAAAUACGUAUCGCUGACAGCUCUCGAUAUCAUUACCGAGACGGCCAUGGGCGUGCAGGUAAAUGCACAAAGCGAUCCUGAUUUUCCCUAUAUAAAGGCGCUGAAGAGCGUCGUUUACAUCCAGCCGGAUCGCAUGCUUAAGUUCUCUCAGCGCUAUGAGUGGCUUUUUAGAGUUACGGCUCCAUUGUUACAUAGGAAACUGGUGAGCGAUAUUCGCAUCAUGCAUGACUUCACCGACAAGGUCAUUCGAGAGCGACGCGAGGCGGUGGAGCGAGCGAAGGCCGACGGCACCUACCAACCGUUGAGUCUGGGCGACGUGGACAUUGGCAGCAAGCCUCAGAUGGCAUUCCUCGAUAUACUCCUGCAGGCUAACAUUCAGGGCAGCCCGCUCACGGAUGCCGACAUACGCGAGGAGGUGGACACAUUUAUGUUCGAGGGCGACGAUACUACCAGCAGCGGUGUGGCCCAUGCCCUGCACUCCAUUGCCCGACAUCCCGCUGUUCAGGCGAAGAUAUAUGAGGAGCUGCUGCGAGUGCUCGGCCCCGAUCCAAAGGCAGCCAUCAACCAGGCCCAGCUGCAGCAGCUCAAGUAUCUCGAGUGCGUCAUCAAAGAGACGAUGCGACUCUAUCCAGUAGUGCCAGCGAUCGGCAGAUAUACGCGAAGGGAUCUCAAGAUUGGCGAUCAGAUCAUACCGGCAAACACCAGCAUCUACAUGGUGCUCUACUUUGCGCAUCGCGAUCCGAAGUACUUUCCCGACCCGCUCAGCUUCAAACCCGAACGUUUCCUAGACGACGCAGAAGUUGCAGGCAUCAAGGGGCAAGCCGCCACAUUUGCCUAUGUGCCCUUCAGUGCUGGCCCCAAGAACUGUAUUGGCCAAAAAUUUGCCAUGCUCGAGAUGAAGAUGCUGCUCAGCAAGGUGAUACAAUAUUACGAGCUGCUGCCCAAAGGCCCCGAGAUAAAGCCAAUGAUGAAUUUCAUACUGCGCUCAACAACUGGCAUGCACAUAGCUCUAAGGCCACGAUUCAAAUAGGAAUUGCUCGAGUCUCAUGUGGCAUUAUGAAAGUACCUAUACCUAAAGUACCUAAAAUAAAAUAAGUUCAGGGAUCUUAUAAGGGUUGUAUCUAAUACUAAUACUGUAAAUAGCGCAAUAUUAAAAACGAAUUUGUAUGU